GUGUAUUCCAGAGAACAAGUCUUCAUACAUCUUUGCUGUAUUGACUCUGAGCUGUCAGGGGACUCAGGCUUAUGAGGAGGUACUGUUACGCAAAACAGUGUCUAGUGAAGACGACAAGAAAGAGGGGAAAGGAUCGGAAAAAGAAACUAAAACACCAUAGAAAACCAUGAGAUCUAUUAGAUCUUUUGCCAAUGAUGAUCGCCAUGUUAUGGUGAAACACUCAACAAUCUAUCCAUCUCCGGAGGAACUUGAAGCUGUUCAGAAUAUGGUGUCUACUGUUGAAUGUGCUCUUAAACAUGUCUCAGAUUGGCUGGAUGAGACAAAUAAAGGCACAAAAACAGAGAGCGAGACAGAAGUGAAGAAGGAUGAGGCUGUAGACACCUAUUCCAAGGAUCAAGGUGGUCGGACAUUGUGUGGUGUAAUGAGGAUUGGCCUGGUUGCAAAAGGCUUGCUGAUUAAAGAUGAUAUGGACUUGGAGCUGGUUUUAAUGUGCAAAGACAAACCCACAGAGACCCUGUUAAAUACAGUCAAAGAUAAUCUUCCUAUUCAGAUUCAGAAACUCACAGAAGAGAAAUAUCAAGUGGAACAAUGUGUAGAUGAGGCAUCUAUUAUAAUUCGGAAUACAAAAGAGCCCACGCUAACUUUGAAGGUGAUACUUACUUCCCCUCUAAUUAGGGACGAAUUGGAGAAGAAGGAUGGAGAAAAGGUUGUGAUGAAAGAUCCUCCGGACUUACUGGACAGGCAGAAAUGCCUGAACGCCUUGGCGUCUCUUCGACAUGCCAAAUGGUUUCAGGCAAGGGCAAAUGGAUUAAAAUCAUGUGUAAUUGUCCUGCGCAUUCUGCGUGAUUUGUGCAACAGAGUCCCCACAUGGGCACCAUUAAAAGGAUGGCCACUAGAGCUUAUAUGUGAAAAGUCUAUAGGUACUUGUAAUAGACCUUUGGGCGCUGGGGAGGCCUUGAGACGAGUAAUGAAGUGUUUGGCAUCUGGAAUACUACUUCCUGGGGGUCCUGGUCUUCAUGAUCCUUGUGAGCGAGACCCUACAGAUGCUCUGAGCUAUAUGACCAUCCAGCAAAAAGAAGAUAUUACCCACAGUGCACAGCAUGCACUCAGACUAUCAGCCUUUGGCCAGAUUUAUAAAGUGCUGGAGAUGGACCCGCUUCCAUCUAGUAAGCCUUUUCAGAAAUAUUCCUGGUCAGUUACUGAUAAAGAAGGUGCUGGGUCUUCAGCUCUGAAGAGGCCAUUUGAAGAUGGAUUAGGGGAUGAUAAAGAUCCCAAUAAAAAGAUGAAGCGAAACUUAAGGAAAAUUCUGGAUAGUAAAGCAAUAGACCUUAUGAAUGCGCUAAUGAGGCUGAAUCAGAUCAGGCCUGGGCUUCAGUAUAAGCUCUUAUCUCAGUCUGGCCCUGUCCAUGCCCCAGUCUUCACAAUGUCUGUAGAUGUGGAUGGUACAACAUAUGAAGCCUCAGGACCAUCCAAGAAAACAGCAAAACUUCACGUAGCAGUGAAGGUAUUGCAGGCAAUGGGAUAUCCAACGGGCUUUGAUGCAGAUAUUGAAUGUAUGAGUUCUGAUGAAAAAUCAGAUAAUGAAGGCAAAAAUGAAACAGUGUCUUCAAACUCAAGCAAUAAUACUGGAAAUUCUACAACCGAAACCUCCAGUACCUUAGAGGUAAGAACUCAGGGCCCUAUCCUCACGGCAAGUGGCAAAAAUCCUGUAAUGGAGCUCAAUGAAAAAAGAAGAGGUCUUAAGUAUGAACUCAUCUCGGAGACUGGUGGAAGCCAUGACAAGCGCUUUGUAAUGGAGGUAGAAGUAGAUGGACAGAAGUUCAGAGGUGCAGGUCCAAAUAAGAAAGUGGCAAAGGCAAGUGCAGCUUUAGCUGCCCUGGAGAAGCUGUUUUCUGGACCCAAUGCAGCAAAUAAUAAGAAAAAGAAGAUUAUCCCUCAGGCAAAGGGUGUUGUGAAUACAGCUGUGUCUGCAGCAGUCCAAGCUGUUCGAGGCAGAGGAAGAGGGACUCUAACAAGGGGAGCUUCUGUUGGGGCCACAGCUGCUCCUGGCUACAUAGCUCCAGGCUAUGGAACACCAUAUGGUUACAGCACUGCUACCCCUGCCUAUGGUUUACCCAAGCGAAUGGUUCUGUUACCCGUUAUGAAAUUCCCAACAUAUCCUGUUCCCCACUACUCAUUCUUUUAGCAAAUGACAGAAGCUCAUUCCUAUUGAACAAUAAUACAGUACAAUACAGAAUGCUUUCUUUGAACACAUACUUGAUCAAAAUUAUUUGUAAAGAACAUCUUUCCUACUUUUUGAUUUUAACAAAUGCAAAUUUAGUUCUCUAAAACUUGAAAACAAACAAAAAAAGAAACUAGUUCUGUGAAACGGUACCUCAUUUCCGGAAAAUAACUUAUACCAGCCCUUCUGUUCUAGGGAAAUAAGUCUAGCAGUUCAAAGUUUAAGUUUUAAGAGGAGUAUCAGAUUAUGUAAAAUUAAAUUUGUGAAGGAUGUAUAGAGUCUCAAACACUGAUCACAAAUAAACUGCUUUGUUGUAAAAAAAAAAAAAAAAAAAA